AAGCAUUUCCUCUUCCGGGUCCUGGACCACAAACGUCGUGUAAACGGCACGUCUAAACAGAAAGUUUUACAGAACACUUAGAAGGUUGGAGUGUUUUACGAGUUUCGAACUGUUUUUUUUAUUCGCCUUAUCACACGUAAGUCCAAACAAGGAGUACAGCACAGUUGAAAGGACUGAAAGAUGUCUCUUCCUAAACGGGAGGUGGAGGAGAUGAGGCCAUGGGUGGAGAGGACUGUGAAGAAGGUCCUGGGUUUCUCAGAGCCCACAGUGGUUACUGCUGCUCUGCACUGUGUUGGAAAAGGACUGGACAAAAGGAAGACCGCAGACCAGCUUCGUCCCUUCCUCGAUGACUCUGCUGGGGGUUUUGUGGAGUGUCUCUUUGAAGCUUUGGAGGAAAGCCGCAGUUCACGAGGCAACAAAGGAGCAAAAGAGCAUCGCAAGAGAGACCUCAAGGACGUAUUUGGUGAUGAGGCUGAAAUUGGUGUAGUGCGAGAAGUUCCAGAAGUCGCAGAAGUGACAGCACCAAAGAGGAAACGAGUCCCUCGCUUCCAGGAGGUUGAGGAGCCCGAGGCCAUACCUGCACCUCCACCCGAGAUUCCUGCUAUGCUUACCAAAAUGCAGAUCAAACAAAUGAUGGAAGCAGCCACAAAACAAAUAGAAGAGAGGAAGAAACAACUGAGCUUUCCCUCCUCCGUCCCUGCUGCACAACCACAGAUGGAUACUCCUCCAGUUUCUCGGCUUCUUGGCCAAUCCGCUGCUGCAGCUGGAGGUGGGUCAUCUAUCCCCCCGUCACAGGCUGCCAGCUUCAUGAAUGAUGCCAUCGAGAAGGCUCGCAAGGCUGCAGAGCUACAGGCCCGAAUCCAGUCCCAGUUAGCCAUGAAACCUGGUAUCCUCGGAGCCCUGGGGAACACUGGGCCCCACAAUCUAGUGGCACUAGCAAAUCUACACGCUAUGGGAAUUGCCCCACCCAAAGUUGAAAUCAAGGAGGUGAACAAACCAACCCCUCUGAUUCUGGAUGACUUGGGAAGAACUGUGGAUGCUAGUGGCAAAGAGGUUGAACUCACACACCGCAUGCCGACACUGAAAGCUAACAUUCGGGCGGUAAAGAGGGAGCAGUUCCGUCAGCAGCUGAAGGAGAAGCCUGGGGAGGACUUGGAAUCCACGUCCUACUUUGACCAACGUGUGUCCAUCACACCGGCACAGCGCCUCCGCAGGGGAUUCAAAUUCCAUGACCAGGGGCGCUUUGAGAAGAUUGCUCAGAGAAUUAGAACAAAGGCUCAGUUGGAAAGGUUACAGAAUGAGAUUGCCCAGGCAGCAAAGAAGACAGGAAUCCAGGCAUCCACCAAGCUGGCUCUGAUUGCCCCUAGAAAAGAGAUGGGAGACGGCGAGGUGCCCAACAUCGAGUGGUGGGACUCCUACAUCCUGCCCUACAACAUAGACAUAUCCACCGACACAACCUUUGAGGAGUUGGAGCUUUUUGGUGUGACCAAUCUGGUUGAACAUCCUGCCCAAAUCAGCCCUCCAGUUGACACAGAUAAGCCUGUAACGCUCGGAGUUUACCUGACAAAGAAAGAACAGAAGAAACUAAGAAGACAGACACGUAGGGAAGGACAAAAAGAAGUUCAAGAGAAGGUUCGUCUGGGACUGAUGCCUCCACCAGAACCCAAAGUGCGCAUCUCCAACCUGAUGAGAGUGCUGGGGACGGAGGCUGUCCAGGACCCUACAAAGGUGGAGGCCCACGUCAGGGCGCAGAUGGCCAAGAGACAAAAGGCUCAUGAGGAGGCCAAUGCAGCCCGCAAGCUCACAUCGGAGCAACGUAAAGAGAAGAAGGUCAAGAAGUUAAAAGAAGACCUCAGUGAUGGUGUUCACAUUGCAGUGUACAGGAUCCGUAACCUGCAUAAUCCCGCUAAGAAGUUUAAAGUGGAGGCCAAUGCCAACCAGCUGUACCUGACAGGCACAGUAGUUCUGCACAGAGACGUCAACCUUGUUGUGGUGGAGGGAGGCCCAAAAUCGCAGAAAAAGUUCAAGAAGCUGAUGUUGCAUAGAAUAAAAUGGGAGGAACACAACAGUAAAAGAGAUGAUCCAGACGCUGACGAUGAUACAAAGAGGAACAACAAGUGCUGGUUAAUUUGGAACGGCACAGCUAAAGAGCGUAAUUUUGGGGAGAUGAAGUUCAAGCAGUGCCCUACGGAGAACAUGGCCAGAGAACACUUCAAGAAACACGGCACAGAACACUACUGGGAUCUAGCUCUCAGCAAGAGUGUGCUGGACCACCCAGAUGACUGAAACCCUGAUUAUCUCCUGCUCCUGGAAGACCCACAGCCAGGUGGCCCUCACUGCUGACUGGCCCCCUUUAACUGAGGACAGACAGACAUAAUCAAGAGACUCGAACAUAGAAAAGGAGGAACAAUAAACCUGAGCGGAUGCUUUAGCAUGAAUGAAUUUGUAUGUGUGCGUGUGUAUGUGUGUGUGUGCGCGCGCGCGUGUAUUUGUUUGCGUGUGUGUGUGUAGCUCUGCAUCACUGUUUCCAACAUUUUGUUUGUGGGCUAUUCUGUACAAAGUGACAGAUAGUACUGCGGUGUAUAUCACUUACCUAAAGUGCUCAAUUCUUCAUGUAUGUUGACAAUAAACCAUGUUUGAGUUAAGCAGUCAAUAAACAAACGCCCCAUUAGUGAAUGACCAUAUGUUUAGUGUAAACCUCAAAGGAUUCCUAGGUAGUGUUUUUUCAUGACUAAUUGUAGUAAUUACUCGUACAUUGGACUGAAUUGGACAUUUCCAAAUUACGUAUUUUUUUAGAGAAAUUAGUGAAUAUUCAACUCGCAUGUAGCCAACGUUACAGUCGCAGCCUGAAAUAAACAACAUUCAACUGA